GUUCUGGCAAUAACCUGGCAAAAAUUGUCUAGAUCAACUUUUACACAGGAAUCCAGUAAAAAACUUAACCAGGGGAGGGCUUAAAGAAGAAGGUGCUGUAUUGUGGUAAGACAGCACUGUGGCAUCUUAAACUGUCUGCCUACCACACCCCUACUCCUAGACUAGCUGUGACAGUAGAGAUGGCAGCCUGUCACACUCCUGGUAUAGGCUGCUAAUGUCAGAGGAAGCAACACAGACUUCAUAUACAUAUGAGAUGGGAUCAAGAACCUAAGUAGAAGUCAAUUGUGGAAAGGAAUGAAAACAUGAUCCCAAAGAAGGAUAGGAUGGAUGAAAAGAAAGACAUUUUGAGAAGACAGUGAAGGAAGCUUGUUUUUGAUUUGUCAAAGUCUUUCAUUAAAAUAACAGGCAGUCAGAAGAGAAUGAAGGAGUCUAACGAGAACAGAUUAAGUUUGAAAUAGCUAUUCUUAUAGUUUCAGCUCUUUCACUGAUCUUGUCAAAGAGAAUGAACAUGAGAGGAAUGAAUAAAAAGAAAGCUGAGAAAUAUUUGAACUCCACUGUAGGUCCUGUUGAACUAUACAACGUAUUUGUUUCACUGCUUUCAACCGCCUGUGCUGGAGGCUCAGAAUAAGUCAAUGGGAGGAGGAUUUCAGUCACAGCAGCAAGCAAGUCUAGUGAACAGAUAAGAUGACAUGCUCGGCAAAAUAACAACGAAACCAGAGGGGGAACUCUCUGGCAUGCAAGUUCAAACACGACUCUACAACUACGGCAGAAAAAGAGAGAGAAACUAAAAAAAUAUAUAUAUCCUAUUUUUUUCACAGCUAUCAGUUUCUUUCACUGAGCUUUCCUAAAUUUAAGCCUCUAGAAAAUAAUAAAUACUUGGAUAUCUUACCUACAAACAUGGACAGAUGUGUGUAUGCGCUCAUUUUAGAGAACUUGAAUUUUUUUUUUUAAAGGAAGGUGUCAACUUUGGCUUUUGAGUGUUUGGCAUGGGUACAAUGCCUUAAAAAAACAGAUGAGCAGCUUAGCUACUAACCAUGCUGACCACUGUUCGGAACGGGAUUGAAUCACAGAAAAACAGCAAAUGGCUCUCUCUUACAGAGUGUCUGAACUUCAAAGCACAAUUCCUGAGCACAUUUUGCAGAGCACCUUUGUUCACGUUAUCUCUUCUAACUGGUCUGGAUUACAGACAGAAUCAAUACCAGAGGAAAUGAAACAGAUUGUUGAGGAACAGGGAAAUAAACUGCACUGGGCAGCUCUUCUGAUACUCAUGGUGAUAAUACCCACAAUUGGUGGAAAUACCCUUGUUAUUCUGGCUGUUUCGCUGGAGAAAAAGCUGCAGUAUGCUACUAAUUACUUUCUAAUGUCCUUGGCGGUGGCUGAUUUGCUGGUUGGAUUGUUUGUGAUGCCAAUUGCCCUCUUGACAAUAAUGUUUGAGGCUAUGUGGCCCCUCCCACUUGUUCUAUGUCCUGCCUGGUUAUUUCUUGACGUUCUCUUUUCAACUGCAUCCAUCAUGCAUCUCUGUGCCAUUUCAGUGGAUCGUUACAUAGCCAUCAAAAAGCCAAUCCAGGCCAAUCAAUAUAACUCACGGGCUACAGCAUUCAUCAAGAUUACAGUGGUGUGGUUAAUUUCAAUAGGCAUUGCCAUUCCAGUCCCUAUUAAAGGGAUAGAGACUGAUGUGGACAACCCAAACAAUAUCACUUGUGUGCUGACAAAGGAACGUUUUGGCAAUUUCAUGCUCUUUGGCUCACUGGCUGCCUUCUUCACACCUCUUGCAAUUAUGAUUGUCACCUACUUUCUCACUAUCCACGCUUUACAGAAGAAAGCUUACUUAGUCAAAAACAAGCCACCUCAACGCCUAACAUGGUUGACUGUGUCUACAGUUUUCCAAAGGGAUGAAACACCUUGCUCGUCACCGGAAAAGGUGGCAAUGCUGGAUGGUUCUCGAAAGGACAAGGUUCUGCCCAACUCAGGUGAUGAAACACUUAUGCGAAGAACAUCCACAAUUGGGAAAAAGUCAGUGCAGACCAUUUCCAAUGAACAGAGAGCCUCAAAGGUCCUAGGGAUUGUGUUUUUCCUCUUUUUGCUUAUGUGGUGUCCCUUCUUUAUUACAAAUAUAACUUUAGUUUUAUGUGAUUCCUGUAACCAAACUACUCUCCAAAUGCUCCUGGAGAUAUUUGUGUGGAUAGGCUAUGUUUCCUCAGGAGUGAAUCCUUUGGUCUACACCCUCUUCAAUAAGACAUUUCGGGAUGCAUUUGGCCGAUAUAUCACCUGCAAUUACCGGGCCACAAAGUCAGUAAAAACUCUCAGAAAACGCUCCAGUAAGAUCUACUUCCGGAAUCCAAUGGCAGAGAACUCUAAGUUUUUCAAGAAACAUGGAAUUCGAAAUGGGAUUAAUCCUGCCAUGUACCAGAGUCCAAUGAGGCUCCGAAGUUCAACCAUUCAGUCUUCAUCAAUCAUUCUACUAGAUACACUUCUCCUCACUGAAAAUGAAGGUGACAAAACUGAAGAGCAAGUUAGUUAUGUAUAGCAGAACUGGCAGUUGUCAUCAAACAUAAUGAUGAGUAAGAUGAUGAAUGAGAUGUAAAUGUGCCAAGAAUAUAUUAUAUAAAGAAUUUUAUGUCAUAUAUCAAAUCAUCUCUUUAACCUAAGAAGUAAGUAUUAAGAAUAUCUAAUUUUCCUAAUUUGGACAAGAUUAUUCCAUGAGGAAAAUAAUUUUAUAUAGCUACAAAUGAAAACAAUCCAGCACUCUGGUUAAAUUUUAAGGUAUUCGAAUGAAAUAAAGUCAAAUCAAUAAAUUUCAGGCUUUAAAAA